UCGGCCGAAAUGACUACGGUCUCAACUUUUUAUCAACACAACUCGAGACUUUGCACAUGUACAUCUAUCAGCUGUGGAAGCUAUGUCAGGCUUCGUAGAGUGCGAUGCGGGCUCUAGCUCUGGAGAUUCAGCCAUCUCCCCUGAACAUAUUGUCGUGCUUUACGCUUCGGAGACUGGGAACUCGCAAGAUAUUGCAGAAAGAGUCGGGAGGGAAUGUCGGCGACGAGGGGGCAAAUGUGUCGUUGUCAGCAUGGACAUGUUUGACAUAUCUGAGCUCCCUCAUACCCCUCUACUUAUCCUCAUCACCUCAACACAUGGACAAGGCGAGCCUCCACCAGCGAUGAAACGAUUAUGGUCAGCUCUGAUCCGAUCGGUACUUCCUACGGACAUUCUCGAGGACGUGAGGUUCGCAAUCUACGGACUUGGCGAUUCGUCGUAUGAGAAGUUCUGCUAUGCUGGGAAAAUGCUUGCUCGGAGGAUGCUGGGUCUAAGCGCACACUUGAUAGGUCAGCCCGCCUGGGGAGACGAAAGAGCUCCGGAUGGCUUGGAAGAGACAUUCUUGCCUUGGUUGGAGCAGACUAUGGACCUGAUGAUUCCUCUCUUGCCAGCGGCCCUGAAAGACGUCGAGACCGCCCCGGGUACGGCUCUGCCCCCUCCUUUGUAUUCGAUCGAAUUUGAGCAAGGGCACUUACCAGAUAUCACGGCGCUUGAGAUCAACGGAGAUGGCAAUGAGAAGUGUGUCAUCGAAGCUGCUCCUGUCAGGAGCAUAGAUAAGAACCGUGGCGAGACCUCCGAACUCUCGAAACCCGAUGACUGGGGCUGGGCAACAUUGAGCAAAAAUCAACGAGUGACGAGCCGAGAUUGGUGGCAGGACGUAAGGGAGAUCGAGCUGGACAUCGAGGACGACCGAUUUCGAACAUAUGUUCCCGGCUCGAUCUGUGGUCUUCAACCGAAGAAUAGCGCGGAGGACGUGGAAACCUUUUUGGAAAUGAUAAACUUGACAUCAGUAGCGGACGAUGAGCUGAGAAUACACUCAAAUAUCGAGGAUCAACCUGUCCCUGCCCAUCUACCUCCCGCUGACUCGCCGACCACACUGCGUUCCCUUCUCUUGAACCAUCUCGAUCUGCGAGCAUCACCACGGAAGAGCUUUUUCGAGUGGCUUAGGCGAUUGACACCAGACGAGACGGAGCGAGAGCGCUUAGACGAUUUCCUAGGCGAUCCUAACGAGAUACACGAUUAUGCCACAAGGCCAUCACGUACCAUUUUGGAGACGCUUGCCGAUUUUCGGUACACACGCAUACCCCUGUCCCACAUCCUCGAGAUUCUGCCUCCGCUUAGACGUCGCCAAUUCUCCAUCGCUAGCUCGUCCUCUGCGCAUCCGGGCAAAAUUCAGCUCUUGAUUGCACUGGUAGAGUACAAGACUAACCUCAAGAUACCUCGCAAGGGUCUCUGCUCCUCCUGGCUCAAGGAUCUGCGGACAGGCUCAAAGAUCGCUAUUACUAUCGACCCUCCCACCAUGUUCCUCCCCUCCCAUGAUGACUACCUUGUGCUCGUAGGUCCAGGGACUGGCAUAGCGCCCAUGAGAGCGUUCGUCGAGGAGCGCAUUCGUCAAGGAGCAGCAAAGAGAACCAUACUCUACUUUGGCUGUCGCUCUCGUUCCAAUGACUUGUACUAUUCUUCCGAGUGGACCCGGUAUGAGACCUUGGGCUUCAAGCUCAGAGUAGCGGCAUCGCGAGAUCAAGACGAGAAGGUGUAUGUGCAACAUCUGAUCAAGGAGGAUCGAGCAACCAUCAAUCAAUGGCUAUACGACUGCAAAGGGUACAUCUUCAUCUCGGGUUCUUCCAAUGCGAUGCCUCGACAGGUACGAGAGGCCGUCAGCUGGUGUCUGAGCACGGAUGGCGCCGGCAAGCUCUCGAGUGGCGAAGCCACAACAUACGUCGAAGACAUGUUUGAAGACGGUCACGGUAUGGAGGAGAGUUGGUGAUCUCGCGAAUUCGACACCACACGAGGGCACGUUGAGAGUUCGUGCCGCGCGUCGCGGAGGUACUUGAGGAGCCCAUGAAGGCAAAUGACCGUUUUCAUCUUCGAUCAAAGGCUUGUUCAUUCGUAUCUCCGCUCGGCGAUUCCACCAUGGCUCAUUCUCGCCCUUUAAAUCCGGUCAUUACCAGCGUCGGGAUGCAUUCCGACAGAGGAAGACCACGACUUGCGCCACGACCUGGGCAACGACUUGGUCCUUGAGGUAGGCCAGCGUCCUCAGUUUGACCGCGCCGCCCCAGCCUGAUCUAAAGCCGGCAAUUGUGUGAUUGGAUCAAUGAAAAACUGGAUCACUCGUUGUCUGGUCUGAUCAUG